AUGCGCGUUUCUACAGUUUCUUCGUUAUCAUUGCUCUUGGCCGGCUUGUCUGUUGCAGGCCCCGUAUCAGACAAGCGUGCGCUGUCGAGCCGUGCGACCACCUUUAACAACCCUGUUAUAUACCAAGAUUAUCCUGAUCUUGACGUUUUCAGAAUCGGGGAUGUAUUCUAUUACUCGUCGUCGACGUUUGCGUUCAGUCCAGGAGCUCCCGUGCUCAAGUCUUACGAUCUGGUGAACUGGACGCCCGUCACUCACAGUGUACCAAGACUGAACUUCGGCUCUCCAUAUGAUAUGCCAAACCCGACUACACGGUCCUAUGUCAAGGGUAUCUGGGCGAGUUCGCUGCGGUACCGCAAGUCGAGCGACAAGUUCAUUUGGAUGGGCUGCGUUCAAUCGACAGGCCAGACAUAUAUCUGGACAGCCCCCGGCCAAAACGCCGCUGCCAACAACGGCGAGGUCUCGAGCUGGAACUGGACUUCGGCGGGCAGCAUUAAUAAAUGCUACUACGACAACGGCAUCUUCAUCGAUGACGACGACACCAUGUAUGUCGUGUAUGGUAACCCUGCCGUUCGCGUUGCCCAACUCAACAAAGACGGCACCGCCGAAGUGAAGAACCAAGAGGUAUACCGCGACCCCAACGGCCUCACUCUCGAGGGAUCUCGCAUGUACAAGAUCAACGGCAUGUACUACAUCUUCUCGACCAAGCCCGCCGACGACGAAUGGGUCCUGAAAUCCAAGAGCCCCUUUGGCCCCUAUGAAGCCCGCAUCCUCGUCGACAGCAUCUCCGGCCCCCUUUCCAACGCCGGCCACGCCCACCAGGGCGGUGUCGUCGACACCAAAGACGGAAAAUGGUACUACGUCGCCUUCCUCGACUCCUACCCCGCCGGCCGCAUCCCCGUCGUCGCACCCCUCACCUUCGACAGCAACGGCUGGCCUUCCGUCGUCAAGGUAAACAACGCCUGGGGCGCCUCCUACCCGACCCCCGUAACCACCAGCAAGACCGUCCCCGCCCUCACCGGCAUCGACAAAUUCACCGGCUCCUCCCUCAGCGCAGAAUGGGAAUGGAACCACAACCCUGACACCUCCAAAUUCAGCCUCCUCGGCGGCAGCACAGGCGGCCUCAAACUCUCCACCGCCACCGUAACCAACGACCUCUACGGCGCGCGCAACACCCUGACGCACCGCAUCAUCGGCCCCAAGUCCUCGGGCACCUUCCGCCUCGACAUUAGCAAGAUGGCCAGCGGCGACCGCGCCGGUGCCGUCCUCUUCCGCGACACAGCCGCCUACAUCGGCAUCCACAAGUCCGGCUCCACAACUUCCCUCGUCAUGGUCAAUGGCCUCGAACUCAACGCCGACCGCACCACCAAGUCCACCGGCACGGUGGUCGCUACCGGUCCCGCUAUCCCCGCCGGUUCUACAGACUUGUAUCUCAGGAUCCAGGCGGAUAUUACGCCCGCCUUUGGAACGAAUACGCAGCGCCAGGCGACGUUUUGGUAUAGUACGGAUGGCUCUUCGUAUAAGCAGCUGGGACCGUCGUUUGGCCUUGCGAAUACGUGGCAGUUUUUCACAGGGUUUAGGUAUGGUGUUUUUAACUUUGCCACGAGUGCGCUUGGCGGCAGUGUUACGGUUAAGAGUUUUGAGAUGCAGAAGAUUUAA